AUGGUAGAGCUAAUGUUUGUUGGUAGAUCUUCAAGUUUAAGAGUUAUUUAUAGUGGUGUUAGAGGAUACUCCUCUGCCAACGAAAAAGUUGUUGGUUUCAUUGGUUUGGGUAAUAUGGGUGCUCACCAAGCCACCAACUUGAUCAAAAAGGGACACAAAGUUGUCGUCUACGACAUUUCCCAAGACAAUGUCAACAAACUCAGAGAAAAGGGUGCCGAUGUAGCAGCUUCACCAUCCGAUAUUGCCAAGAGAGCCGAUGUCAUCGUUACUAUGUUGCCUGCUUCUGCACAUGUAAAGAGUGUCUAUUGUGGUGACAAUGGUAUUUUCAAAUCAAUUAAACCAGGUACAUUAUUAUUGGAUUCAUCAACAAUUGAUCCACAAACAGCACGUGAUGUAGCUGAUAUUGCUGCCAAACACAAUGCAACUAUGUUGGAUUGUCCAGUUUCCGGUGGUACUGGUGGAGCUGAAGCAGGAACCUUGACUUUUAUGGUCGGUGGAAAGGACGCUGACUUUGCACGUGCCAAACCAUACUUGGAAGCCAUGGGUAAGAAUAUCGUACAUUGCGGUGACAUCGGUACUGGUCAAGCUGCUAAAGUCUGCAAUAAUCUCGUUCUCGGUAUCUCGAUGGUCGGUGUCUCCGAGGCUAUGAACUUGGGUGUCAAACUUGGAAUCGAUCCAAAGAAGCUGGCAGGUAUCUUCAAUACCAGCUCCGCUAGAUGUUGGAGCAGUGAAGUAUAUAAUCCAUGUCCAGGCGUUCUCGAGAACUCACCAGCCUCACGUGGAUACACCGGUGGUUUCGGAUCGGCUUUGAUGAACAAAGAUCUUGGUUUGGCUGUCGACAGUGCCAAGUCAAUCGGAGAACCACUCCCACUUGGUACUACCGCUCACCAAUUCUACACCAUGAUGGUUCAAAAGGGUUUGGGUCAAAAGGAUUUCUCUGCUGCCUAUGAAUUCCUCCAAAAGACUAAAAAUUAA